AACUGGUAAUACUGAGCUGAAAAGAGUUACUUGCUAAAUCGAGUUCUUCAGAGUGGCUCAAGAUAGUGAGAGCUGUCAAGAAGACAAUGAAGGAGGCAAAAAUUGUUAAAGUUGAAAGGAUACAAAACAAAUAUUUGUAUCAUAAAUAUGCCCUCUGUAAGAGGAGAAUGCACGAGAAGAAUGGUGGUGAGGUGAAUGAGAAAUGGUUAUUUCACGGAAGCAGUGAAGUUUCUCCAGAAGUAAUCUACAAAUCAGAGCAUGGUUUUGAUUUUCGUUAUAGUGGUGACUCUAGCUUGUGGGGAAAAGGAGCGUAUUUUGCUGUUAAUGCCAGCUACUCUGGGGUUUCUUAUGCUUUUCAAACUCCUGAAAGAUAUCGACAGAUGUUCAUAGCUUUUGUUUUAACUGGCAACAGCAUAAGAAUGGAACGCGAUUCAACAUUGUGUGCUCCACCAAAGAAAAAGGAUGGCAGUUUGUAUGAUAGUGUAAAUGGUGUGACUGGUUCUUCUCAAAUCUAUAUUGUAUAUGAUCAUGACAAAAGUUAUCCAGCUUAUCUUAUUACAUUUCAGAUUCAGUAGAUGUUAUGUAAUGAUACA